AUGGUUGCCGACCCAUCCCAGCAGGGCCAGUCCACCGGCGCUGCUUUCCAACCCCAGCAGCAACAGCAGCAGCAGCGUCAGUUCUUCGGCGGAGAGGAGGAGCUUGGCGAUGAGGAGGAGCUCGGUGACGACGUAGACCUCGUCGUUGGCGACUACUCGUCCGGCGCUUUCGCCGGCGAGGCCGGCGCCGAGGUCGACGAGGCUCAGGCCGCCGCUCUUGCCGCCGCACACGCCCAGGCUCAGCAGCAGGCCCAGGCUGCCGCGCUCGCCGCCGUGCCCGACCAGAUCCGAAAGUACAUUGUCCUCUUCAACCAGGCCGUCCAGAACAACAACGUGCAGGACAUCAGCAACGCCUACGAGGGAACCUGGAACCGCCUCACCGACAAGUUCUACGCGCGCUCCGAGUGGCCCGAGGCCGAGACCAUCGCGCCGCUCGUCAACGACGACCAGAAGUUCCUCACCCUCUACCGCGAGCUCUGGUACCGCCACGUCUACUCGCGCCUCAGCCCCGACGGCGAGGAUCGCUUCCACUCCUAUGACAACUACUGCGACUUUUUCAACUUUGUCCUCAACAGCGACGGGCCCGUCCAGCUCGAGCUCCCCGCGCAGUGGCUUUGGGACAUCAUCGACGAGUUCAUCUACCAAUUCCAGAGCUUCUCCCAGUGGAGGAACCGCGCCUCCAACAAGACCGACGACGAGAUCGCCCUGCUCCAGGACGGCGGCGUGUGGAGCAGCUACUCGGUGCUCAACGUGCUCUACUCGCUCAUCCAGAAGUCGAGGAUCACCGAGCAGCUCGUCGCCGCCAGCAAGGGCGAGGACCCGGAUGAGGUGGCCGGCGAGUUCGGCUCCAAGCCCCUCUACCGCAUGCUCGGCUACUUCUCCAUCAUCGGCCUGCUGCGCGUCCACGUGCUGCUCGGCGACUACACGCUGGCGCUCAAGAUGCUCGACCACAUCGAGCUCAACAAGAAGUCGGGCCUCAUCAACCGCGUGACGGCGUGCCACGUGACCGCCUACUACUACGUCGGCUUCGCCUACCUCAUGCUGCGCAGAUACCCGGACUGCAUCAAGAGCUUCACGCACAUCCUCGUCUUCAUCAUGCGCUUGCGACAGUACCACACGCGCUCGUACCAGUACGACCAGAUCAACAAGACCGCCGACCGCAUGUAUGCGCUGCUCACCAUGGCGUGCGCACUCAGCCCCACGCGCCUCGACGAGAACAUCCAGACGCAGAUGCGCGAAAAGUACGGCGACCAGUUCAACAAGAUGACCAAGGGCGGCGCCGAGGGCGUGGCUGCGUUCGAGGAGCUCUUCCUCUACGCCUGCCCCAAGUUCAUCACGGGCAACGCACCGCCCUACCACGACGAGGAGGCGCUGGCCGAGUACAAGGACAAGACGGUCUUCCCGGACCCGACGCAGCACCAGCUGCGCGUCUUCCUGUCCGACGUCAAGACGCAGCUGUCCAACGCCAACGUGCGUUCGUUCCUGCGCCUCUACACCACGCUCGGCACCGACAAGCUCGCGUCGUUCCUCGAGAUCGACGAGGAGGAGCUGGUCGAGAUGAUGAUGGUCAUGAAGAACUCGACGCGCUCGCUCAAGUGGUCUAGCGGCUCGCUGCUCGAGGGCGAGGUGGUCAACACGUCGGAUCUCGACUUUGUGAUUGACACCAACAUGGUGCACAUUGCUGAGAGCCGUGUGGGUCGCAGGUAUGGCGACUGGUUCCUGCGCAAUGGCACGCGCAUGCACGAUGUGCUGGGCAACAUCCAGUCCAAGCCUCUGCCCAUUGUUUCCAAGGAGGUUCGCGACGAGGCGGCUGCGGCAGCGGCAGCGGCGGCAGCAGCCGGUGCAGAGGGCAAGGGCGACAGGAGGGGUCAGAAGUCCGGAUGGGCUGGUGCAGCGGGCAAGCCCGGUGCCUUUGCAGGCAACCGCAACGCAGGCCGUGGACCCGCACCCGCUGCAGGCGCACCCGCAAAGCCCGCCGGCGCCUGGGGCGCUUCCAACACAAAACCCUCCCUCGCCGCCUAA